GAGCCAUUUCAGUUGACAGACUCAAUGUAUGUUAUGUUAUGUAUGCGUAUCAUGACACGUGUGUCACCGAAAGUCCUUGAAGUGCUCGGCGAUGAAGACUUUGUUCGUGGAAUACAUUCGGUUGGCCUUCCUCGUCCGGUCAAAGAGCGUGUCAUCAAUCACUGGCCAUGUAAUCCAGACCGUGUGCUCAUAGCGCAUCGUCCAGCCGAACGUGAAAUUUGGUCGUUCGGUUCGGGAUAUGGCGGUAACUCGUUGCUGGGUAAGAAGUGUUUUGCGCUGAGAAUUGCGAUGAAUGUCGCUCGCGAAGAGGGUUGGAUGGCUGAGCACAUGCUCAUCAUGGGUUCGUUUCAAUUCGAUCACCAAUUUAUAUUCCGGAGUUUUGAAUAG